GACCAACCUGGAGGCCUUGCAGAAGAAGCUGGAGGAGCUGGAGCUUGACGAGCAGCAGCGGAAGCGCCUGGAGGCCUUCCUCACCCAGAAGCAGAAAGUGGGAGAGCUGAAGGACGAUGACUUCGAGAAGAUCAGUGAGCUGGGAGCCGGCAACGGCGGCGUGGUGUUCAAGGUCUCCCACAAGCCGUCCGGCCUGGUCAUGGCCAGAAAGCUUAUUCACCUGGAGAUCAAACCUGCUAUCCGGAACCAGAUCAUAAGGGAGCUGCAGGUUCUGCACGAGUGCAACUCCCCGUACAUCGUGGGCUUCUACGGGGCAUUCUACAGCGAUGGCGAGAUCAGCAUCUGCAUGGAGCACAUGGACGGGGGUUCCUUGGAUCAAGUCCUGAAGAAAGCUGGACGGAUUCCCGAGCAAAUUUUGGGGAAAGUUAGCAUUGCUGUGAUCAAGGGCCUGACGUAUCUGAGGGAGAAGCACAAGAUCAUGCACAGAGACGUCAAGCCCUCCAACAUCCUGGUCAACUCCCGCGGGGAGAUCAAGCUCUGUGACUUCGGGGUCAGUGGGCAGCUCAUCGACUCCAUGGCCAACUCCUUCGUGGGCACCAGGUCUUAUAUGUCGCCCGAGAGACUCCAGGGGACACACUACUCUGUGCAGUCGGACAUCUGGAGCAUGGGGCUGUCCCUGGUGGAGAUGGCGGUGGGGCGGUACCCCAUCCCGCCCCCCGACGCCAAGGAGCUGGAGCUGAUGUUUGGGUGCCAGGUGGAGGGCGAUGCGGCCGAGACUCCGCCCAGGCCCAGGACCCCUGGGCGGCCCCUCAGCUCGUAUGGAAUGGAUAGCCGGCCUCCCAUGGCGAUUUUUGAGCUGCUGGAUUACAUCGUCAAUGAGCCUCCUCCGAAACUCCCCAGCGCAGUCUUCAGCCUGGAGUUUCAAGAUUUUGUGAAUAAAUGCUUAAUAAAAAACCCCGCCGAGAGAGCAGACUUGAAGCAGCUCAUGGUUCAUGCUUUUAUCAAGAGGUCUGAUGCCGAGGAGGUGGAUUUUGCUGGUUGGCUGUGCUCCACCAUCGGCCUUAACCAGCCCAGCACGCCGACGCACGCGGCCGGUGUGUGA